AUGGACGUGCUCAGGAAGCGCUUGCUGGGCAUCAGCGUGGCCGUCGCGCACGGUGUCUUCUCUGGCACGCUGAACAUCCUGCUGAAGUUCCUGAUCAGCAACUUGCACUUCCGCUUCCUCACGCUCAUCCAGCUGUGUACGUGCAGCACGGCUGCGCUCGGCCUGGAGGUCCUGAGGAGGACCGGAAGGGUCUCCAUCCCCCCCUUCAGCCUGCGCCUCUCCAAGGAGUUUGCUCCGGUGUGCAUCCUGUCCACGCUGCAGUCCACGCUCACCUUGUGGUCUCUGCGGGGUCUCAGUCUUCCAAUGUACGUGGUCUUCAAGCGCUGCCUGCCCCUCUUCACGCUCUCCAUCGGCGUCUGCGUCCUCAAGAACGGGGUGCCCUCCCCGGGCGUUGUGACUGCCGUGCUCAUCACUACGGGGGGCGCUGCGCUGGCUGGAGCAGGAGACCUGAGCGGCGACCCAUUCGGUUAUGUGACAGGUGUUCUGGCAGUCAUCAUCCACGCCUCCUACCUGGUUGUGAUCCAGAAGACCAGCGCAGACAGCGAGCACGGACCGCUCACGGCACAGUAUGCCAUCGCCAUCAUGGCCACUCCCGUGCUGCUGGUGUGCGGCCUCAUUUCCACGGACGUUAUCAACAUGUGGUCGUACGACGGCUGGAGCGACACCCGCGUGGCCACCAUCUUCUUCUUCAGCGUGGUCAUCGGCUGCGCCAUGAACUUCACCACCUACCACUGCACCUACAUCAACUCUGCCGUCACCACCAGCUUUGUGGGCGUGGUCAAGAGCAUCGCCACCAUCACAGUGGGCAUGCUGGCCUUCAAUGACGUAGCGCCCACCGCCUUGUUUGUGGGCGGAGUCGUGGUCAACACGGUGGGCUCCAUCACGUACUGCGUGGUCAAGUUCGUUGAGACCAAGAAGAAGAGCUCCUACGAGGACCUGGAAGGCGACGGAAAGGACGCGUUGCCCCCUGCUGCUGAGCCUCACCAACAGACGCCCGCGCUCCACACUGAGGGACACGAUCCCCACGUCGAGAACCCGGAGGGCGAGGGAGCGCCACCGGACUGGGCGCCGGGGGUCGCCCUGGGAGAUGGAGCAGGGGGCGUCAUGACGGACGAGGAAGUUGUGGAGAUGCAGAGGGAGCACCUUCACAAGGAGGGCGCCACCCCCGGGAGGACGGCGAGCAACUACGUCGGCGUGUGGCGCUCUCUCACAAGCCUGCAAUUCUUCAAGAAGAACACCCUGAUUGCCAACAUGGAGCAGCAGAGUCCCUGAGGGCGGGCGGGGCUACGACACCUCCUGUGAAGUUAGCAUUAGCAGUGCUAACACAUGCGCCUCGUGUUAGCCACACGCUAACCUACAUGUAGCAUGAUGAUAAAUAAAAACCAGGCUGUAACUAAGACAGCCAAAUCAGAAACCCUCGUUAGCAUGCACUAGCCAUGAAGAUGCUAAUACCUUUGUACGAUUGAUUGUUUAUAUGUUUGGUGUGGUCCUGUGAUGCUUCUCUUAAAAAGUUAGCCGAGCUCAGCAUCAGCACAUUUUCGCAUGCGUGUUCAAUAGAAACACAAAGUUCAGCUCAGGAACUUUUAUUUUGACGCUGACAGGAAGUAACAUGACGUUAAAAGACGUCUGAUCGGGACAGCCCCACUGCCCCCGAGGCAACAGGCCACCGCAGUCAGUGGCGAAGAACGAAGAAGAUGAGUGUUUGUGGCCGUCCUCGACUAAUGUCAGAAAGCGUGUUAGCAUCUAGCGCGCUAACAGACGUCGACACAUAAAACCAUACUUGCCAACCUUGAGACCUCAGAAU